AUGAAGAAAUUUCAUGUAAAACCUAUUUUGAUAUUUUUAAUAAUUUUAUUAUUUUGUUUAACAACUAUUAAUUCAUAUCCAUGUCCAUCGGAAUGUAUUUGUAAACCAAUUGAUAUACUUAAUGAUGAUUUUACACGUAUGAAUUAUAUUAUUGAUUGUACAAAUGUAACAUUCAGUAGUCAACAAUUUCUUUAUCAUGCUCAAUCAUGGUCAAUAGUUGAAGAAAAAAUAAUUGAUGAUGAUGAUGAAGAGACUGAUGAUAAUAUAAUUAAUGAUUAUACAAUUUCAAUUGAUUUAACAAAUUCAUCAUCUUUAAAACAAUUUAAUAACGAAACAAUACAGUUAACAGGUUUUUCAUUUUCACUUCAAAGUCUUUCAUUAGCCAGUCAAACAAAAAAUUUUUUUAUUGAAUCAAACGCAUUCAAUUCAACAUUAUAUCAAAAUUUAAAAAUACUCAAUUUAUCUUCAUGUUGUCAACAACUAUCAAAUGACUGUUCACAAAUUUUUCGUCCACUUAAUAAACUUCAAGUACUUGAUUUGAGCGGGUCAGAUAUGUAUAAACGUUGCCUUGAUACACCAGAUACAAUAUCUUCAACAUUACGCGAUCUUAUUUUACGUAAUAAUAUUUAUGAUACUAAUGUAUUUUCUCAUUCAAGUCGAUUAUUUGAUGGUGUACGCACAAUCACUGGUAAACUUGAUUUACAAUAUUCACGUUUUAAUAUGAAUAGACAAGUAGAAGGAAAUUGUUUAUUUGAUUUAUUUAAAUCGAUAACAAUAUUAGAUUUAUCAUUUGUACAAUUUGAUUCAGUAUCAAAUGAUAUUGACAAUUAUAUAUCACAUUUACUUAAAUGUAAAACUCAACCAAAUAAAGUUCGUCAUGGUGAACAAAUAAUUAGUUUAUAUUUACGUCAAUUAAAUCUUGAUUAUUUACCUGAAUGGUUUAAUAAUGAACGUUUUCCAAACUUAAAAGAACUUGAUUUAUCAUUUAAUAAUAUUAAUCUAAUUGAUAUUCAAACAUUUACAACUUUAACAUCAAUAUCAUUAGCUUAUAAUCCAAUUGAAUUCGAAAAAAUAACCUUUCGUAAAAAUCAUAUAUAUGAAUCGAUUAAUUUACGCUCAACAACUCAAAAUCGAAUAUUGAAUUUACAAAAUCAACUAGAAUCUUUAUUUAAAUUAGCAACAAAUAUUGAUUAUAGUGAAAAUAAUGGAAUUAUAUCUAAUAAUAUAACAAAAUUUUCAAUCGAUAUUGAUUUUUCAAAUGAAAUAUCUUUAAACUUAUCCAAGACAAAUAUUUAUUCAUUUGACAUUCAAGAUAUUUCAAAAUUGGAUGAUUUAAAUCGUUUAGAUAUAAGUUUUAAUUAUUUAAUUGAACUUAAUUUACAAAAACAAACAAAAUUAACUUAUUUAGAUUGUUCAAAUCAAUUUAUAAAAACUUUACUAUUAAAUAAAGAUUAUUCUAAUUUAAUUGAAUUAAAAUGUUCAAAUAAUUCAUUAAAAAUACUCGAAAAUUUUUCAUUUUUAAAUCAUAAAAAUUUAAAAUUAAUUGAUUUAUCAUUUAAUUCAAUUGGAUCAUUAGAAAAUUUAUUUUCUAAUUUAAACAGUCAAUAUUUACAUACAAUUAAUUUAAAAUCAAAUUUAAUUAAACAAAUAACAACAAAUUUAUUUCAUAAAAAAUUAAUAAGUCUUUAUUAUGUAGAUUUAUCAUCAAAUAAAAUUAAUUUAAUUCAAAAAUAUUCAUUUCAAUCACCUAAUUUACAAAUACUUGAUUUAACUAAUAAUCCAUUAAAAUAUAUUGAAAUGAAAUUUUUAUUUACAUCAUCAUUACAUUUAUUUUAUAUUAUUAAUAAUACACAAGAAUUAAUUGAUCGUUGUGCACAUUCAACAUCAAAUGAUAAUCUUUUAUUAACUUAUAUAACAUGGUUUGAACAAAAUGGUACGUAUAUGAAAAAUACACAAGUAGAAAAAAGUCAACAAAUACGAUUUGAUAAAUGUUUACGUCGUUAUAUAUCAAGAAGUAAAGUUAAAUGGAUUAAAAUUAAUAAUAUAUAUCAUGUUAAACAUUUAUCGUUUUAUGUAACAACGGCUGCUAUCACAAUUGGAAUUAUACUUGGAGUUAUUUACUUAUAUAGAACAAAUAAAAUGGCUUUUUUUACAAAUUUACAACGUUAUAGACCAUUAGAUGGACAUAGUUUAGUAGAAAAUACAGAUGAUAUUAGUCAUCAUGAACAUGAAGAUGAUGAAAUUAUUAUGAAUCUUAAUGAAGUACCAUUUAAUAAGAAUAUUCAAUCAUAA